GCCGGCUCCCAUCGCACGAAAAGUACAACCAACAAAUAGUGAAAAGGAAAUAUUAGUAUCGAAGCAAAAGAAGAUUUGAGUCGUAGUUACAAUAACUCGAUUAUCCGCAACUGGAAGAUAUAAAUCUACUAAAACCAUUUCUGGCAUAACAAACGUACAUAGAAUAGUUAUAGAACGAUACGUGAUGUCACGCAACUCCAACAUCCAACACAACCUCUCGGUAGCCAACUUUGACCGAUUAGUAAUUAGCCUAGUGAUUAACGUAAAAAUUGAUCACCUGCCCUUUUGGUUUUGAAGAAUUUUACGUAGAUAAAUAGAAAUUGAUAGCAUAAGCUAGGUUAGAUAUGGAUGUUAAAAAGGCAGGGGAAAGUCGCGUCGGAGGUGGCGGAGAGGUUGUAAACGGGUUUCGGAGCUGCAGGGACCUGAGCGAUGUUGUUCCGUUGUACGCACCACGAGGCUUAUAUUUGAAACCUAUUGCCAAAAUUAAUGUAUCCGUUAACCUACCUCAACUGAAGAUACCAGGAAAAACAAUAUCAACAUGGGAGGUAAUGGAGAAGAUUCGGGUCCUGGUUCGACCCGACGAGUUUUCAUCCUUGAAAGUUACAAAAAGUACUUUGGAAUUCAUAAGACUGGAGGGGGACCUGGAAGACAGAUGCCGAUUGCAGCAAGUCCUUGCCAGACUGGAUUCUCAACGUUUAAAUCUUGCUGGCUUUCCCAAUAUCCUGAAAGUCAGGGCUGCUGAGGCUAAAGAUGACUUUCCUACCCGGCAUUCCUGGGACUCUUACUUCAGAGAUGCUAAACACAUGAAUGAAUUGAAGCCUGGCGAGCGACCAGAUACCAUUCAUGUUCAGGGUCUUCCUGUCAAAUGGUUUGCAGAAGAGGGUGUCGAAGUUCCCAGCGAGCCUCUAGUCGCUAAAAUAUUUAAGAAAUGGGGAACUUUGCGUCGGGUUGAUGUCCCUGCAGCUGAUCCCUACAGGUCAAGGAUGAGACUCGGUACAAAUAUUCAAAAGUUUAGCUAUGGGGACGGCCUCUUCUUUGAUGCUUAUAUUCAGUACAUCGAGUACAUGGACUUUGUCAACGCCAUGGACGCCCUACGUGGAAUGAAACUCCUGAAGAAGGAGCCACUCAAGUAUCUCACAGCUACGAUAAAGGUUGAUUUUGACAAAACUAAGCAUAUGAAUGACACAAGUGUUGCUCACCGUGAGCUGGAGAGAAAGCGAGUUGCUGCCCAAGAUGGUUUAGCGGCAGAAAAACUCAGAAAAAAACAAGAAGCCAUUGAAGCCCGCAAAGAAGAACAAAGGAAAAAAGAGGAAGCUGAUCUUAGUGCCAAACAAUUAAGACGGCAGAAAAGGGAGGAUAAACGAAAACGGAAAGCGUUGACGAUUAUUCGUAAGCAGGAGGAAGAUAAAGUUUCUAUGAAAAUAGCAAGGGAGGAAAAGAAGCUCAUCAAAGCUCAAAGACAGUUAGAGAGUAUUCGUUUGCUCGACGAACUCUUUGAUAGAUUAAAGGUCAAAGUAGAGCAGAAGGAGAUAGAAAUAAAAAAGUUGGAUGCCGAGUCAAAAAAGGAUGAAAAAAAGUCAGAGAAACAGGGACACAGUAAGGACUCUGAAAGCUCGGAAUCUGAGGGUGAUAAAAAAAAGGAAAAGAAGGACAAGAAGAGCAAAAAGUCAAAGAAGAAAAAAGUAAAGAAGGAGAAAGAUAAGGAAAAGAAAAAAAAGAAGAAACAGAAAAAAGAAAAAAAAUCCACUUCCGAUAAAGACGCAGAUAGCAACUCGGACGAUGACAAAAAGAAAAUUAAAAGCGUCCUUAACUCUGGACGUACUCAACUUCCGUCCUCGUCUUCGGCAGGUCCGCCUCCUGUGGAUUCAGCACCCUAUUCAGUUAUUUAUCCAGGUUUUGAUCCUGCCUGGUACUACGGGGCGGCACCACCUAUGUUUUUUCCUCCGAUGAUGCGUGGCAUGCCGAGAGGUCCUCCUCGGGGACGUUUCCCACGUGGAAGAGGCAGGGGGUUUGCACCUUGGCAUGGUCAAUUUCGUCAACCUCGGCCUUACAAUCCGCAUUUAUAUAACGAUCAGUACUACAAGUAUUUUGCAAAAUUAACCGGGCACGAGUACCACGAUUUAGAUGCGGAAAACGACUGGGACGGGAGAUCGAGGUCAAGAUCACAUAGCCGAAGAAGAUCCAAGUCUAGAUCCAGAUCCAGAUCCAGGUCUAGGUCCAGGUCCAGGUCCAGGUCCCGGUCCAGAUCCAGAUCCAGAUCCAGAUCCAGAUCUUACUCGAGGUCAAGAUCUCAUUCUCGAAGCAGUAGAAGCAGAAGCAGGAGACGGAAUCGAAGUCGCGGGAGAUCUCGAAGCCGGGGAAAAAGUCAUAGUCAAACUAGAAGUAGAAGUAAAAAUGAGUGCAAAAGUCGGAGUAGAUCUCGCUCGAGAAAAAGAGCUACGAAUUAUACAAGAUCUAAAUCGAGAUCAAGAUCGCGAUCGAGAUCUAAAAAGCCUUCGAGAUCUUCGAGGAGUCGUUCUGGGACGAGUUCGACUAAACGAAAACGUAAACGGAGAUCAUCCUCACGAGUUAUAAUUACUAGAGCAAAGUCUCGCAGCAUAUCAGCAAAGCGCAAAUCUCGUAGCAGUUCUUGGUCUCUGCCGAGAACUCCAAAUCGCAGGAGCUGUUCGUGGUCUAAAGAAAUCGAUAAGCCGAGUAAGGGAAAUUCGAAGGGAGAGAAACAGAAAAACAAAGGCGAAGAAAAACCUUGCACGAAGGAUCGUCAACGCAAUGAGACUGAUAAAUGUAAUGUUAUACCAGGUGUACAGGCUUCAAAUGGGAUUGCAGAAGAAUCGACAAACCCAGCAAAAAAUCGCUCCGCUCUAGAAACUGAGCCCAUUACUCCCGAUUGACCGGUGUCCUCUAUUUAUGCGUUGUGUGCCACACCUGGUAUCAUUAAAACAAGCGUUUUUUUGAAUAA